AUGAGGAAGCAAACAGGGAAUAGGUUGUUAGGGAACGGGAUUUACAAGGCUGUGGUUUCGAGGGAGGGGAGUGUGGGAGGUUUACCAACGACCAAUCAAAUUGAGCGAGAUCUACGACGUCACGAGAAAGGAUGCUUUUCCAAAUGCAACGGAGCCAGUGUCCUUAAGUCGCAUCUUGUGAAAGUAAUAAGUGAGAGUGUGGCUUGA